AUGGGGCAACUUAUAUCUGGUCCAGUGACCCUCAAAGACACGAAGCUAUGGCAGAAUUCACAGUUUUCCGUGGCAGCGUCGAGUAUGCAGGGCUGGCGCGUGCGAAUGGAAGACUCGUAUGCGUGUUUUCUUAAUCUAUCCAGUAAUGGUUCGCCUUUCCCUCCUACCGCCUAUUUUGCUGUUUUUGACGGUCACGGGGGAACGAAGGUUUCCGAGUAUGCUGCAAAUAAUCUUCACACAAAAAUCACGUCCCAACCUGCUUAUGCUCAAGGGGACAUAGCAGAAGCAAUGCGUCUGGGGAUCUUAAAGCUUGACGCCGAGAUGCAAACCAUAUUUACCGGGUCAGUUCAUCCACAAUCAGCCGCAAAAAAGACAGCUUUUAACUCCAGCGGCCUAGAAGAAGGAAAACUUCUUGCUCCCACCGGACCAGCCAUGGACGUUGGUGGUUCCACCUGCAUCGCACUGAUGCUCCGUGGCAAUCGGGCCUACUGUGCUAACUGCGGGGAUAGUCGCGCCGUUCUCAGUCGUCUGGGUGUGGCUGAGGCGCUGUCCGUAGACCAUAAACCCACCAUAGCGUCCGAGUGGAACCGAAUCUUGGCCGCCGGGGGGUGGGUGGCUGCUAAUCGGGUGAAUGGUAACCUGGCGCUCUCUCGGGCCCUGGGAGACUUUACUUACAAACGCAACGCUCUACUUUCCCCUGAAGAACAAAUAGUCUCCGCGGAGCCUGAUGUAACCCAUUGUGAACUGAAAACGACCGAGUCGGAUGAAUUCAUUGUUAUUGGUUGUGACGGGAUUUGGGAUGUAAUGACUAACCAAGAGGUAGUAAGUUAUGUUCGCAGCCGGCUUGCAAGUGGCUAUCCUCCCGACUCGAUUUGCGAAGAAUUAAUGAUGCACUGCUUGGCUCCCAACUGCAACCCGAACGGAAUUGGUUGUGACAAUAUGACGGUUGUUAUCAUCUGCUUCCUUAACGGCGGCACCUACGAGGAUCUGAAACAACGCUGUUCAAGACCCUGUCCAGCCGGUGUAGCCGUUGAUGUACUUGCUCCCUAA